AUGGAGACUUUGGAGGAAAAGAGUGAUCUUCUUGGUUCACAGACAGACAACAACAUGGAACAACCAUUCACUGUCAGCUCCUUGAAAAAGCUAGUAGCUAUUCCUGACCAUACAGACAUCUCUGUGACCCCAGAAGAGAGAGUACGUGCCUUAAGCAAGCUGGGCAGCAGUAUCACAAUCAAUGAAGAUAUCACUCCGCGUCGUUACUUCAGAUCUGGAAUAGAAAUGGAGCGAAUGGCAUCAGUCUAUAUGGAGGAGGGAAACCUGGAGAAUGCUUUCGUGUUUUAUAAUAAGUUCAUAAUGUUGUUUGUAGAAAAGCUGCCCAAUCAUCGAGACUAUCACCAAUGUGCAGUACCAGAAAAACAGGUUAUUAUUAAGAAAUUGAAGGAGGUUGCAUUUCCAAGGACAGAUGAAUUGAAGAGAGAUCUUUUAAAAAAGUAUAACUUAGAAUAUCAAGAAUACAUGCAAAACAAAAACAAAUGUAAAACUGAAUUUCUGAAGAAGCUGGAGCAUCAAAAGCUAAUAGAGGCAGAGAAGAAACGAAUCGCACAUAUGCGGCAACAGCAGAUUGAAUCAGAGCAGUUUCAGUUCUUUGAGGAUCAGCUUAAGAAGCAAGAACUAGCUCGAGAUCAGAAAAUCAAAGAGAGCAUGGUUAUGUCUGAACAGAUAGAUGGAAGUAUGCUAUCUUGUAUUUCUAUACCGGAGAAUAAUUCCUUAUCUACUGCACUCCUUGAGAAAACAGAGAGGAGUGGCACAUCUGGCUGCACUGGACGUUCAUCUCCAGUAAACCGGGUCUUAAAGCCAGCAGCUACUUUAAGUGCUGUUCAGACUCAACUGGCUGAAGCACUCAGAGGUGUCAUUUUGCCCAGAGAUCUCUGUCACAAAUUUCUGCUGCUAGCAGAGGCAAAUACUGUGAGAGGAAUAGAGACAUGUGGAAUUCUCUGUGGAAAACUGACACAUAAUGAAUUUACUAUUACCCAUGUAAUAGUGCCAAAGCAAACUGCAGGACCAGACUACUGCGACAUGGAGAACGUGGAAGAAUUAUUUGGUAUUCAGGAUCAGUAUGAUCUUCUCACUUUGGGAUGGAUACAUACACAUCCAACACAAACUGCAUUCUUAUCCAGUGUUGAUCUUCAUACUCAUUGUUCUUACCAGCUAAUGUUGCCAGAAGCCAUUGCAAUUGUCUGUUCACCAAAGCAUAAUGACACUGGCAUCUUCAGACUUACUAAUGCUGGCAUGCUAGAAGUUUCUGCUUGUAAAAAGAAGGGAUUCCAUCCACAUACAAAGGACCCUAGGUUAUUUAACCCAUGUACCCAUGUGGUCGGGAAGGACAUAAAGAUAAUUGUGCUGGACCUGAGGUGA